AUGAGUAUGAAAAACUUGAACUCUGCCAACCUCAAAAACCUCCAAAUAUCGCUUCAGCAAGAAAGGUCUAUCCUCUACAGUAUUCUUGGCUAAGAGGAAUUACUUGAAAGAUUUGUUGCUUCUCUUUUCUGUGAUAAGAAAAUAAUACAAGAAGCUUACAAGUUAUACUGCUUGAUUUCAUAAGAUAAAAGCAAUUAGAAGAAUUUGAUUCGCUUCUAACUGGAGUCUUCUUUUUGCCAUAUAUAUUAGAUUAAAUAAUUAUUCUACCAAUAUGAAGUAGCUAAUAAAGAGCUCCUUGCUAAGUCCUCUAAAAACUCUCAUAUAAUUAUUAUAUAUAAUCAACUUAAAAACUACUUCGAAUAGUAACUUAUCGAAGAGGUAGAAGAAAUACCUGACGAAUUACCAUCUGAGUGA